GGCCCCGCCCGCCCGGCCCCGGGGAGGGAUGCGGCGGCGCGGCGCCCAGGAUGCCCCGCAGCCCCGGGACGCGCCUCAAACCCGCCAAGUACAUCCCGGUGGCCACUGCUGCCGCGCUGCUGGUUGGCUCCAGCACCCUGUUCUUCGUGUUCACGUGCCCGUGGUUGACGCGAGCUGUGUCCCCAGCUGUUCCUGUCUACAAUGGCAUCAUCUUCCUCUUUGUCCUGGCCAACUUCAGCAUGGCCACCUUCAUGGACCCUGGCAUCUUCCCCCGAGCGGAUGAGGACGAGGAUAAGGAGGACGACUUCCGGGCCCCCCUGUACAAGAACGUGGAUGUGCGGGGCAUCCAGGUCCGUAUGAAGUGGUGCGCCACCUGCCACUUCUACCGCCCGCCGCGCUGCUCCCACUGCAGCGUCUGCGACAACUGCGUAGAGGACUUCGACCACCACUGCCCCUGGGUCAACAACUGCAUUGGGCGUCGCAACUACCGCUACUUCUUCCUGUUCCUGCUGUCGCUCAGUGCGCACAUGGUGGGCGUUGUCGCCUUCGGCCUGGUCUACGUGCUGAACCACGCUGAGGGGCUGGGUGCUGCCCACACCACCAUCACCAUGGCUGUCAUGUGUGUGGCCGGGCUCUUCUUCAUCCCCGUCAUCGGCCUCACUGGCUUCCAUGUGGUGCUGGUCACUCGGGGGCGCACCACCAACGAGCAGGUGACGGGAAAGUUCCGAGGGGGCGUGAACCCUUUCACCCGAGGCUGCUCUGGGAACGUGGAACACGUGCUGUGCAGUCCCCUGGCACCCCGGUACGUGGUAGAGCCACCACGGCUGCCGCUGGCUGCUCGCCUGAAGCCGCCCUUCCUUCGGCCUGAGCUCCUGGAGCGAGCCGCACCGCUCAAGGUCAAACUUAGCGACAACGGGCUGAAGGCUGGCCUGGGCCGCAGCAAGUCCAAGGGCAGCCUGGACCGGCUGGAUGAGAAGCCGCUGGACCUGGGGCCGCCACUGCCCGCCAAGGCGGAGGCCGGCACGUUCGGUGGCGACCGGCAGACCCCACGCCCGGGCAGUGCUGAGAGUGCCCUGUCGGCACAGAGGACCAGCCCCCCGACACCAGCCAUGUACAAGUUCCGGCCCGCCUUUCCCGUGGGUCCCAAGGCGCCCUUCUGCGGACCAAGCGAGCAGGUCGCGGGCCCUGACUCCCUGACGCUGGGAGAAGACAGCAUCCGCAGCCUGGACUUUGCGUCCGAGCCCAGCCUGGACCUCCCCGACUACGCUCCUGGGGGCCUGCAUGCGGCCUACCCACCGUCCCCGCCCCUCAGCACCGCUGACACCUUCUCAGGCGCCUUGCGCUCCCUGAGCCUCAAGGCUGCGAGCCGGCGGGGCGGGGACCAUGUGGCCCUGCAGCCUCUGCGUUCUGAGGGUGGGCCCCCCACGCCACACCGCAGCAUCUUUGCCCCCCAUGCGCUGUCCAACCGCAAUGGCAGCCUGUCCUACGACAGUCUGCUUAACCCUGGCUCACCCGGUGGCCACACGUGCCCAGCCCACCCCUCGGCUGGCGUGGCUGGCUACCGCUCGCCCUACCUGCACCCGGGGGUGGUGAGCGACCCCCCGCGGCCCCCACCCCGCAGCUUCAGCCCCGUGCUGGGCCCUCGGCCGCGGGAGCCCUCACCCGUGCGUUACGACAACCUGUCCAGGACCAUCAUGGCCUCCAUCCAGGAGCGCAAGGACAGGGAGGAGCGGGAGCGGCUGCUGCGCUCGCAGGCUGACUCGCUCUUCGGCGACUCGGGCGUCUAUGAUGCGCCCAGCUCCUACAGCCUGCAGCAAGCCAGCAUGCUGUCCGAGGGCCCCCGCGGCCCCCCACGGCGCUAUGGCUCCAGAGACGACCUGGUGGCCGGGCCUGGGUUUGGCGGUGCCCGCAACCCCGCCCUGCAGACGUCGCUGUCCUCGCUGUCGAGCGCCGUGAGCCGGGCUCCGCGGACCUCCUCGUCCUCCCUGCAGGCUGACCUGGCCAACAACAACACCCCCGGGCCCCGGCCGGGCAGUGGCUCACACAGGUCGCCAGCGCGCCAGGGCCCGCCCUCCCCGCCCAGCACGCCCCGCUCACCCUCCUACUCUGGCCCCAAGGCCGUCGCCUUCAUCCACACGGACCUCCAGGAACCGCCGCCCUCACUGGCUGUGCAGAGGGACCACCCUCAGCUGAAGACCCCCCCAAGUAAGCUUAAUGGGCAGUCCCCGGGCCUGGCCCACCUGGGGCCUGCCACUGGCCCCCCGGGGCCCUCCGCCAGCCCUGCCCGGCACACGCUCGUUAAGAAGGUGUCCGGCGUGGGUGGAACCACGUACGAGAUCUCGGUGUGAGGACUGACCGUCACCCAUCUGCCGUGGCGCCACGGGGACCAGGACGCCCCAGCGGCUGCCCCUCCCAACGUCUCUGCCCCGGGAGAGGAGGAGGCCCAGGCCUGGUGUGGAUGCAUCAGCAGGAUAGAGAACCAUGCCUCCACGUGCCUGUCCCUUGCCCUGCACCCGUCCAUCCACCAUCUGCUCACCAGGGUGCGGCUGGGCCACAGGCCACUGGGCUGCGGGAUCGUGUGUCAGUGGCUCUGCUCCCCCGGGUGGGGCAGUGAGGGGGUGCAUACUGCAGCUGCAUGGACUGCACCUGUGCCCCCCAAGGUUGUCAGCAGGCAAGUCCCCACCACUCUUCUUACAGAUGGGUCCCUGUGGCCCAGAGACGGACAGAGAGGCCUGGGCCCCUGGCCAUCCUCCUGGACCGAGGCCCCCACUGUCCAGCUGCUCCUAAGCUGUUGCCUUUCAGGGACCCACUGGAAGUGUAGCUUGGCAAGGCCGAUUCUCCCGUGGGGAGUCCAGCCCUGGCCCACAAGCACCCAGCUCCGGGAUUGCUCUGGGUUCUGACGGACAGGUGGAUGGACGGACGGACAGCCAGCUGUGGGUGGGGUCUCGGCUCCACGUGUCCCGUCUCGCCCAGCUGGGCGUGUCCCCGUGUCUGUGCGCUGAGCUGCCAUGCCUCGUCCCAUGUGUUAACGCUUGGGCCCCACUGCCCCCCUGCCGGGAAACUCGCUGUCAUUGAAGCCUUAACCUCUGCUUUGUGCUCUUGCGGGAGGCGACAGGGGCAGGUGGGAGCAGGCCGGGCGGACACUGCCACGGGGGCCCAUGAGACCAGGAGUCCCCUCCCUGCCAAACUGGAGAUUCCCCACCGCAAGGCAUGCAAAGUCCAGGCCGCAGCGCCUGCAUGGGAAGCACACUGGGGAGGGGUCGGAGUUGCGCCAGGGACCCGAGAGUAAGCACACGGCAGUGUCCGCUUGCGUGUGUCUGUUUUAUGUUUUUAUAUCUAUAUCUAUAUAUCUAUAAUUUU